GGCCACAAUUUCAAAGAACCAAAGUGCUUGGGAGGUUGUCCCAGUCGGACCACAUUGUAUGAUGCACAUACGAAGCAGGAUAUUCUGAAGCAAAAAGCCAGCUGAAAAACAAGCUCACGUGUUCUCAAAAUGAAAAACUUGAAGAACUGGAACAAAAAGGAAAAAGGGAAGCAUGAUAAAUUUAAACCUGGAUCUAAGAAAAGAGAAAAAUGCGUGGUCAUGUUCAACGAUAACGAGCGACAGGAUUAUCUGACAGGAUUCCACAAGAGAAAGGUGGAGAGGAGGAAAGCAGCAGUGGUGGAAAUCCAGAACAAGAUAAAGGAGGAGCAGAAGAGAGUCAAAGAAGAGAGACACAAGGAGUAUUUGAAGUUGCUGCAGGAAAGAAAAGAGGCUCUCGAUGAGGAUGAUGAUGAAGAAGAUGAAUUGGAGGAUGUGAUAACGGGCACAACCGAGUCUGUACAGUACGAUCACCCCAACCAUACUGUUACCGUAACAACCAUCAGUGACCUUGACCUCACAGGGGCCAGCCUCUUUGCACCAGCAACCAAUCAGGUUACUGAGGAUGGUGAGGAGGAGGUGGUGGAGGAGCAGGAGAAAAUGGGCGCUAUGCCAAAGAAAUCUGGGAAUCCCAUCCUCAAUAAAAAAAUCUGCUCACUGAACGCCUCGCUCCACGCUCACCAGACACAGCGGAAGGGAAGCAGGAAAGGGAAGCAGGAAGGCAAAGGACGAGGCCGGCCAACAGACAAGAAGCCAGCUGCCACAGACAAGAAAGGCAGAAUUGAGAAGAACAGAGUUGGGAGGACCAGCAAGAAGCAAAGACGCAGACUGACUGGGAAGAGGGUACAUCACAAGGACUGAGAGUUAUGAAAAAAUAGAUUUGCAGUGUAAGGGUCUGUCUGGCCUCUUUGUUUGAUCAGGAUCUUAAGCAGCCAUGAUAGACAUUUAGAGUUUGUAUGGUACCAGUUUGGAAAGUCUACGGAGCAAAUAAAAUCACAAAUACACAAACUGCACAUAUUCAUUCUCAUUGAAAGCCAAUGUCUGCCAGAGCGGCUGUUUCAAACACUGUUUUGUUUUAACCAAUUGGACACGACCUGUCUGUUUCCUUUGUUAGGCUCUCUCCUUUCUACAUGUUUGUUUAUAUGCUAACUGCUUUGGUAAUGUUGUAUUUCAUACAAUGUGUAUAUGCUCAAAGUUUGAUUAAAAGAAAAGAAUAUAUACGAA